UCCAAUCUCCACGGUGAAGUAGAAUCAUUGUCUUGUGCCCAUUGCCCUUCAUAUUUACCUUAUCGCCAAUAUUGGAUCUUGUCUCUUCCAAUUUUUCAUCUUCGAUCCUUCAUCAACCAACUCUUCGUCAUGGUUGCCUUCCACUUUCAAGUUUUGGUUUUGGCACUUCUACCCCUCAUUGAAGCGAGUGAGACCAUUCUCGGCGCCUUUAUCUUCAGCCGCCACGGAGACCGAAGCACAAAGUCUUAUCCACCCACUCAUUUGACAGAUCUUGGAUACCAACAGAUCUAUCAGUCAGGCGGUUUCUAUCGCAAUCGCUACAUUACCAAUGGCUCAACUCAGAUCUAUGGCAUCAGCACGGACCUUGUAAAGUUGUCUCAGCUAGAGGUUCAGACAGCCGUCGAUGAUGUGCUCCAAAGUUGUGCAACAGGUUUUUUACAAGGAUUGUACCCGCCAGUUGGAGCAACUCUGGGAUCACAAACGUUGGCCAACGGAACUAGCGUUGAAGCACCCUUCAAUGGCUACCAAAUCGUACCAGUCAAUGCUCUGGCCUCAGCUGUAGAUAACUCUGGAGAUGCCACUUGGUUGCAGGGAGCCAGUGGAUGCGUGAAUGCUGUUGCUGCAUCUAACAAUUACUUUUUCUCGUCGGACUACAAGACUUUGAGCAGUUCCACUGCUUCUUUCUAUCAGAGUAUCUUGCCUGUUAUCAACAACACUUUUACUGCUGCUACGGCCAUCUACAAGAAUGCUUACGCAAUUUGGGAUCUCGUCCAAGUUUCUAUGAUCCACAAUGCCACUAUCCAAUCCUCUGACCUUCUUACUCCCGCCAAUGUCCUUCAGCUUGAGACUCUGGCAAACCACCACGAAUUUUCUCUUGCUUACAACGCAUCAAACUCAUUGGUAGCCAUUGCCGGAUCUGUCCUCGCUUCCCAGAUUGUGGAGUACUUGAACAUGACUCUCACUACCACAGCACCAAAGCUUUCACUCCAGCUCGGCGAAUACGCAGCGUUCCUUUCGUUCUUUGGCCUGGCCUCUCUCCCAUCCGUAUCCGAUAACUUCACAGGCAUCGUGAACUUUGCUUCUUCCAUGACUUUUGAGCUCGUCACAAACGCUACUGUCACUGGAACGGCAUACCCACCCGUGGACCAAGUUUCCGUUCGUUUCCUCUUCGCCAAUGGAAGCGCUGCUGAUACUCCCCUGAUGCCGUAUCCUCUCUUCGGACAAUCGAGCUUGGAACUUCCGUGGACUACUUUCAUGACCGAGAUGAAUAAGAUUUCCGUCAGUGGGCAAGCGGACUGGUGCACGGCGUGCGGAAAUACGUCCACUGGUUGCACCAGCACGAGUACCUCUGUUGUCACUGUUACAGCUACCCCUGGAGCUACCGAUUCGUCUCGAGACAAUGGAAUUUCCACUGCGGUCGGUGGAGUCAUUGGUGCAAUGGUGACACUUGCCGUUAUCUUGGGUAUUGAGGCACUUGUGCUACUGCUGGUCGGGCUGAGAAUUGUUGAAAAACGAUCUGCGUCACCUGUGGUUGUUACUGAGCCUCAAGGUGGAUUGAAGGCAUAGAUACGAAGGACAAAUUGACAAGGAUGGAUGCUCUGCAUCUCGUGGGAGUGAGUAUUUGGCGAUGUUGUUGCAAUAAGCGAGGAGAAAUAGGCGACUUUACAACUUAAUGAAUGAUAUUAUGUGCCCAGUGUCGCUCAAAGUUGUUGCUGGAUCUGGUGCUUCAUCUAAUUAAAG